AUGGAACCCAACGAGCCAACAAUAAUUGAUCUCAAAUCUUCAUUUUUACGUGCACAAAUUUUUGCCCUCUCUCAGCCUCUUCAACCAUCGCAAGACUGGCAAGAUUCAAUUUCAGAGGAAGAGAAUACCUUGCGACAGCGCGCAAUUGAUGAAGCAUUAUUCAAGCUCAAUACUAUCCUCAAACAACAUAAUAAGAUUAGUUAUCCCCCGCAGGCACGGCGUCAUGUUGCUGAACAAAUUGAUCAAUUAUAUUGGGCCGCUGGGGAGACGGAUGUGAAUGUGAACGGAGAGGAAUGGAGUGAAAAGGGUGCAGACUACAGAUUGACAUCCAACAUUGAAAAAUUACCAGAAGAAUGGAGUGAAGAAGCGGAAACGAAGGCACCGGAGCAAGCGACAAAAUACAAAGAGCUACAAAGUAAAUUAUUGGAAUUGAAUGAGAGGCGAAGAAUGGCAAAGGAGAGACUUGAACAGUGUAAUGCUGCAAAAAUAUUAUUGGAGCCAUUUGAGCAGGCGGAUAAGAAUGUUCAAGAGAAUCUUGUUACAAAAAAUGGCGAAGUUGAGAAAGAAUUGGAAAGAAUGAGGAUGUUGAUGUUAAGAGUCGAAAGGGGCAUUGGGGGUUUGGAGAGGGAAGACAGAGAGGAUCAUAUGGACCUUGAUUUUGAGGAGGAUUACAUUUGUUGGGUGAGGUUGAUGUUUGGCAUCCUUUAUGUUCCAAUGCUUAUUGGGUAUACAGACAACAAAGCCAUGGGAAACACUAAUCCGGGAUAA